AGCGAUGAGGCGGUAGUGGGGCAAGCGCCAUGCGGAGCGGCGGCUGUUCGGUGCCAUAUGAAUUCCCAUCACCUUGAUGUCUUAAGUGCUGUCCCAACUUGGAUACAGGACCUGGGCACAGACAAUAGAAGAUCAAGAGAUCUCUGGAAAACAAAAAGAUUGCAUUAGCUGUUUUGGCCACAGUACCACACUGGGGAUCUCAUGUUCACCUGACUAUCCACCAGGACCCCCAAAUCGUUUUCAGAGUCACUGCUUCUCAGGAUAGAGUCUCCCAUCCUGUCCGAGGAGUUUGAAACUAGUCUCCUAGGGUCGGACAAUAACAAUGAGUGCUUCAGUGAUUCUUCUGCUUCUUCCAAGGGUCGAGUGAGCGGGAGCUCAGAAUCUGGGAGCAAGCGGGCUAUUCGCAGACCCACUGACUGGCUGGAAAUGAGGGGAAUAAAAACCAAUAUUAAUAAAUCCUCAGAGAAGAAAGGAGAAUCACCUUCCAGAGGAAAGAGGAAAUCUGAGCGAGAGGAUGAUGAAGAUUAUGAAGAAUUUUCCAGAAAGAAGCAGAAAGUUCCUGCAAGGAAAAAGCAACGAGCUGGGGUGCAACAAAAUCCCAGAUCCAAAGGGUGUUAUGUGCGGAAAGAGCCACCAACGUAUGCAGCAGGCAGUGUGGAGGAACAGUGGUACCUGGAGAUCCUAAAUAAGGGCAGAGUUACCUGUCCAACAUGCAGAGCUGUGGUCAGGAAGACUGUAGAGGGACUGAAGAAACAUAUGGCGAAUUGCAGACAGGAGAUGUUCACAUGUCAUCACUGUGGAAAACAGCUCAGGUCUUUGGCAGGAAUGAAAUACCACAUCAUGGCAGAUCACAACAACCUGCCAGUUGUGAAAGAGGGAGGUGAAUUAGAUGAGCCGUGUGAACGAGACCGCCUCCGGAAGGUGCUGAAGCGAAUGGGAAAGCUAAAGUGUAUGAGGGAGGGGUGUACAGGCAGCUUCACCAGCAUAAUGGGAUACCUGUACCAUAUGAAAAAGUGUGGGAAGGAGGCCUCUGAGUUGGAGAAAAUGGCCAUGAAAUGUCGUCACUGUGGGAAAGCAUACAAGUCAAAGGCAGGGCUUGUUUAUCACCUUAGGUCUGAGCAUGGGCCGGUCACUUUCCUCCAUGAAGAAGGGAGGCCUGAGAGCCUGAAGGAAAUUACCCUGGAGCCCAGUAAUGCAGGCAGAGUCCAGAGGAAAUCUGCUAAGGUGGCAGUCUAUUACCUUCACGAGCUAGCUAAUGAAGAGCUGGCCAAGGAGUGGCCUAAGAAGAAGGUUUUACAGGACCUAGUCCCAGAUGAUCGGAAGCUGAAAUACACGCGGCCUGGACUGCCCACAUUUAGUCAGGAUGUGUUGUGCAAGUGGAAAUCGGAGAUAAAGAUGUACCGAAGGGUCCACUGUCCAAAUCAGGGCUGUGAGUCUGUAUAUGGCAGUGUCUCAGGACUCAAAUCUCACCUUGGCACCUGCAUCUUGGGAGACUUUGUGGCUGGGAAAUACAAGUGUCUCCUAUGUGAGAAGGAAUUCAUAUCAGAGAGUGGGGUCAAGUAUCACAUCAACUCUGUGCAUGCUGAGGACUGGUUUGAUGUGAAUACCACUAACAAAAAAAGCUUUGAGAAGCUGAUGAAAAUUCGCCAGAGAGAAGAUGAGCAGAGAAAGCAGCGAAAGAAGCGUGCUGCAGCCCGGAGCAGGAAGAAAAGGCCUGGGACUGUAUCUGCCAAGAAGCUCCUUGGUGCAGGGGCCGAGAGAAGCAGAAGAAGGAGUAAGAGGGGGCAUUCCCAGCUGGUGGACAAUGAGUGCAGGAGCAGCGAGGAGGAGGAGGAGGAGCCCCAAGCUGCACAGAGAGCAGAAACUCCAAAAACCAUCCGCAAACGGGGCAGGAAAUAGAUCAUUGGAGGCAGAGGAACUAGGCCAUUCUAGGAAGCCAGGAGCCCAGGUCAUGGCACAGCGUCACUCCCUCCCGUGGACAGUGGCACGAGCAGGGUAUCCAGUGUAGUUUGUGCCCUAGUUACAGGCUGAGUUCAGGUUAUGUUAGUUGCUUAUUUAGUGAUUUUAAAUAUUUUAGUCUCUGCUUUUGUUGUCCUCCUCUUAGGGUACAUCUACAUUACAGGGGGGAGUCGAUUUAAGAUACGCAAAUUCAGCUACGUGAAUAGCGUAGCUGAAUUCGACGUAUCGCAGCCAACUUACCCCGCUGUGAGGACGGCGGCAAAAUCGACUUCUGCGGCUUUCUGUCGACAGCGCUUACUCCUACCUCUGCUGGUGGAGUAAGAGCGCCGAUUCAGGGAUCGAUUGUCGCAUCCCCACGGGACGCGAUAAAUCGAUCCCCGAGAGGUCGAUUUCUACCCGCCGAUUCAGGCGGGUAGUGUAGACCUAGCCUUAGGGAUCCUCGGCUUUGGUGAGGACAGGUUUCCUUGAUGGAUCUCUAGCACUGGCUGUGCAGGUCUCAGCUGGGGGAGUGACUUCCUGUGGGGUAGUGUGUGCAGAUUCUGAGCAGUUUCUGGGGUGGGGCACAGAUGCUCUAGCUUGAUCACCUGCAGCCCAAUGCUACCUCAGGUGCUUAAAGGGGUGGCCUCUGAGACUCAGACACUGAGUGCUGUCUCCCCCUUAGGUCAUUGCCAUAAAGCACCAUCCUUUUACUACACUAAUCUCCAAACUCAGCACUGCCCAGCAAUUUAGGAACCCAGGCCUGCCUGAUGGGGUAGGACAUCAUCCUGCCAAAAGCAGGAGUGUUUGCAGUGGGCUAAUGUACCCUUCAGCACCUGCCUCCUUUACGGCUGAGCACUGACUGGUCCCAAAAAGUGGGGAGGGAGCUCUUCCUCCAGUCUGUGGCUAGAGACCAGCUGUCUGUACCCUUGCCUUGCAGAGGCACGUGGCAGCAAACUUGUCUGCCAGCACACUACAGUCUGGGGACGUGUGAGAUCAGUGUGGAUGGCUUGUGCUGUUUUAUAGAUUCACACUUCAUAACAGCCACCUCCCACCUGCAGGACAGAGCUCAUACACAGUAGCAAAGCACUGCGUAUUGCUGCCAUGGGGUGGCCUUGUCCUAGUUUGGUGUCCUCAUUCCCUCUCAAGCCUUAGGUGCUGCUUCUCCUUGUAAGUGAGCUCUGCAGGUGCCUUCUCCCCUGAGCUAGUUGUAGCCUGCUCCUGGGAUUGCCACCUUUCCCUUGACAAGCCUUAGGUAAUGGGCCUUCCUGUGUGUUGGUGUCAGGGCUGGAGGGAGGGGGUCCUGUUUACCUGUUGAAUUAAGUUUUAAUUUAGCAUAUGGUGAGUGUUUUACCAUGUUCCACUUGUACAGCAGGGCCAGUUGAGACCCAUACAUGCGUAACAUCUCUGGCAGGCUUAGCCACCCCCAUUCUCUGCUGGAUAGAGAGGGGGCCUGCAAGAUUUCUGAUGUCAGAUCACAUCCCCUGACAGGGAAAACUGCAGGAUUUGAUGUCUCUUUACCCUCUCCUCUCUUGUCCUGCAACAGUUCCCUGUCUCAGCUGGCUCUUUAGUUCGAUAUAUGAGGAUUCAGUUAGCAGGAUCUGGCACUCAACAGUACCCUUCAUGUCUUGUUUCAGUGGAAGCUUCCACUUCAGCCAAAGUUGCUGGUGCUGAAAUUCACAGUGGAUUCCCUGAGGUGCACAGGACACAGACAGACUUAUUUGUGUGUUUGUUUCUAGCAGUGAUGUUUGUUCACCCGUAUAAUCAAAUUGCCUUUGUGGCUGGGGGUAGGACCCAAGCUCUCCGCAGCCAUGGCCAUUUUACAGAAGUUACACCCUAAUGUGCGUAGAGUGAAGCAAAUUACCCCCACAUCUUUCCUCAUACAAACUAACACCCAUGACGAUUGUUGGACUCUGCAUGCAAUGCUCCAUUCUGAUCUAGGUGCAGCAGCUGCAUUUCAUGCUGGGACGGAUCAGGAUCAGAACAAAAUGAAAUAAAAUGUCACCAGUGCAAGAAUGUGA